AUGGGGGUUGCACAGCUAUGGGGACUACCAACACUGUGGGCGGCUCUCCCACAGCGUGGGGAGCUCAACCCUAUGGGCAGCUCUCCCACAGCAUGGGGAGCUCAACCCACAUUGUGGGUUGCUCUACCCACACUGUGGGUAACCUCCCACAGUCUGCUGCUUGUGGAAGAGCUUUACGACCAGGAUUCGUCUUCUUACCAGAAAGCCAAUAUGAAGCCUUGGGUUGGUUUUGUAUGCUUGCUACUGAUGCUUCUCCGCAUUAGCUCAGUGCUGGCGCACCUAUUUAUGGCGGCAGCGCUGGGGUGCCUGCUGCUUGAAAUCCUCGGCAAACGAGGGCGGCGAGAAUGUUAUCUCGUCGACUUCACCUGCUACAAACCACCGGCGGAGCGCCAAGUUAACACGGAGAUGAGCAUUUACCUUUCGGCAAGGACGGAGCCUAUCAUUCCAGAACAUUCCAAAUUCCAGUGGAAAAUAUUUCUGCGCUCCGGUCUGGGGGAAGAGACUUCGCUGCCGCGCUUCGUUUUCAACGAAGAAAUGGUGGCGACAUUGGAGGAAGCGCGUGUGGAGAUGGAGGAAACCUUCUUCGCAACGGCGGACGAGCUGUUCGCCAGGACGGGUGUCACGCCGCAAGACAUCGAUAUACUCAUCGUAACGGUCUCCACUUUCACGGCGGCGCCCUCGCACGCGUCCGUUGUUGCGAACCACUAUAAGAUGAAGGAAAACGUAAAGAUGUUUAAUCUUUCCGGCAUGGGGUGCAGCGCCGGCGUUUUGGCGGUGAAUAUGGCCAGAGAUCUGUUGCUCGUAAAUCCGGACUCGUACGCUCUCAUCCUCUCCACCGAGAACACAACCGUCAAUGCAAACUACCCCGGCAAAGACAGAAGCUUCAUGCUCACCAAUUCCCUCUUCCGAGUUGGCGGCGCCGCCUUGCUUCUCUCCAACAAACCGCAAGACGCCGCGCAAGCCAAAUUGCGGCUCCUCCACACUGUUCGGGUCAACGUGGCCGCCGACGACGAGGCCUACGGUUGA